AUGGCGGAAAAUACGCGUUCAAGUGACACAGCUGGUACAGCUGAUACUGAUUCUAAUGUUGAUGAAUCCUUAAAGCAACUGUUAAAUUAUUCAACACCCGAACGUUCCCUCUUUGAAUCUUCAACAUCAACUCCUCGCUCAUCAUUAUAUCGCGAGUCUAAUAACUCGGAACUUGCCCGCGUUAUAAACUGUGAUUUGGCAAUGAACAAUCUCACAACUUUUGAUAUAGCAGAAAAUAUUUGGGCAAAUUUAAAUCUGCGAUGUAUUGAAAAAUUUGGUAAUAAUGAUUCUCAGACUGCUGAUAUUUCAAAUUCAGACUCUAUAAUAAGAGAAUCAAGCUACCAUAAAACGUCACCUGUAACUAAUAAAAGUGAUGAAUUGAACGUGCCUCCGGUAGCUAAUGAAAAUAAUGAAUUGAAUUCACCUCCACAAGCAUUACUGAUAGCUAAUAAAAGUGCCGAUAAUGAAAGUACCAAAUUGAAUUCAUCUAUACAAGCUCCGCCGGUAGCAGUACCGGAAAAAGUAUCAGUAGAAGCACCGUCAACAAAGGCACCAGUAAGAUCACCCACAUUGAAAUUAGCAGAAAAAGUACCCAGUGCAGAAGUGUUUGUAGUAGUAGAAACACAAACUUCAAAAAUGAAAACGCCGGUGGAAUCACAAGCAUUAGUUUCAGAAGUGUCAGAAGAAUCUCAAGAACUAGCAUCUACAUCAACAUCAUUAGUAAAAAAACGUAAACUUAACUGUGUUGAAAUUUUCUCAGAUAAGGAUGUUGAUGAAAGUGACCAUGAUGAUAAAACUAUUAUGAAAGAAAAGUUGAAUUCUGCCCACACAGGUCGAACAGAUGUCAUUGUCGCAAAAUUUGCCUGGAAUUUUUCUGGCAAAUUGAGAAUUAUCCCAGUAAAUUGGGGUAAAUUGUGUUACAAUUUUGGGAUAAUGGAGGACUUACAAUUUGGCAAAUUUUGUCAAAAUGGCGGAAUUCCUACAGAAUUCCUAAUUUAA